AUAAUUUUCUGUGGAAAAAAUAUCAACAGGUGACUGUAACUAUUCCUAUGAUCUGUCAAACUUCUUUUUUCCGUUUCAUGUGAGCAAAAUUUAGAAUAAGUUUUGGUCCUAAACCACCUGAACCACCUAAACAAAGCAUGUAUCCAGAUUAGUUUUUCACUCACUCUUUCAUGCUUAUCCAAGAUGUUGUAUUUUUCAUGCUUUCUGAGCUCUAUCAUACCAGAACUCUUCUCCUCUUAAACUUGCUGCCAUGUGGCCCUGCCUCUGCGAUAGGGACUACUGGCACAUGCACAGCCCAGCUGGCUGGUGAUGCUGAUAGCUGCCAUUCCUUCCCCACACUCUCCUCUCUCCAUCAGAGAUGUGCAACAGGGUUAUGGCAAAGGGUAUACACCAGAGAAGACUGCAUCUUUAGCUUGCUAGCUGAGGCUUGGUGUGAGCAGCCCAGGUAGGGAAGAUGUCGUGGCACCCACAGUACCGCAGCUCCAAGUUCCGCCACGUGUAUGGCAAAGCUGCCGGCAAGGAUAAGUGCUACGACUGCGUGCCCAUCACCCGCAACGUCCACGACAACCACUUCUGUGCCGUGAACCCCAGCUUCAUUGCCGUGGUCACCGAGUGCGCGGGCGGCGGCGCCUUCCUCGUCAUCCCCAUCAAGCAGACAGGAAAGCUUGACCCACAUUAUCCCAAAGUAUGUGGGCACAAAGGAAAUGUUCUGGACAUCAAGUGGAACCCAUUCAAUGACUUUGUAAUAGCUUCGUGUUCAGAAGAUGCCACAGUUAAAAUCUGGGACAUCCCCAAUCAGUUGCUAAAAAGAAACAUUACCACUCCGAAGAAAGAACUUCUUGGGCAUGCUCGAAGAGUUGGUCUGAUUGAAUGGCAUCCCACGGCUGAUAACAUUCUCUUCAGCUCUGGCUAUGAUUACAAGAUAAUGAUCUGGAACCUUGAUAGCAAGGAUGCUGUUCUUUCAAAGCCAGUGAAGAUUCUUGACGCUCACAAAGAUGUGGUCCUCUCCAUGUCAUUCAACACAGAUGGCAGUCUCCUUGCCACUGCUUGCAGGGACAAAAAGAUACGUGUGAUAGACCCUCGUGCUGGAACAGUCCUACAGGAAGGAAGCUACAAGUCUCACAAAGUCAAUAAAGUCUUAUUCCUUGGAAACAUGAAAAAGCUGUUUUCUACUGGAACGUCUGGGUGGAAUAACAGGCAAAUUGCAUUAUGGGAUCAAAAUGACCUUUCUGUGCCUUUACUGGAGGAGGAUCUGGAUGGCUGCUCAGGACUGCUGUUUCCCAUCUAUGAUUCUGACACACACAUGCUUUAUGUGGUAGGAAAGGGUGAUGGAAACAUACGGUACUAUGAGAUAAGCCCUGAGAAGCCAUACCUGAACUACCUGAUGGAAUAUCGUUCUCACUCACCACAGAAGGGAAUUGGAAUGAUGCCAAAGAGAGGUCUUGAUGUGGCAGCUUGUGAAAUUUUCCGUUUCUACAAACUGAUUCCAACUAAAAGCCUGAUUGAGCCCAUCUCCAUGAUUGUGCCUCGACGGUCGGAAUCGUACCAGGAAGAUAUCUACCCCUUGACUGCAGCAGCCCAGCCGGCACUGACAGCACAAGAAUGGCUCAACGGGAUUAACAAAGGGCCUCUCUUGGUAUCCUUAAGACCAGGCUCUGAAGCUGUGAACUCCCUACCACAGUUUCUUGAGCCAGAGCCACUUAUGAAAGCUGCUGACCUGAGACAGCAGCAGGGAGGGGGAGGAAGGAUAUCACUGGAGGACAAGCAGAAGCCAAGAGAGAUUGAAGAUGGCAGAAAAUGGCCGAAAGUGGAGGAGAAACUGCCAAAAAAUGAGCAAAUGUGCCUCUCCAAUGGCUUUGACGUAUUUGAGUGUCCACCACCAAAAACUGAAAAUGAGCUUUUACAGAUGUAUUACCGGCAACAGGAAGAAAUCCGUCGACUACGUGAGUUGGUAAUCCAGAGAGAUGUCCAAAUUAAACAGCUGGAGCUGGAGCUCAGAAAUCUCUGCAUGGACAAAGGCAAUUACUGAGGUUGCUGGCUUGCAGUUCAUUGUACACAGGGGGAGACUCCAGUUCCUGCAGAUAACUCCUCCUAGGUUUUUUACUGGGGGUAAAAUUGAUAUUUCAGGCAGCAUGGACUUCCCUGGUCACAUUUCCCUAAUCGUCACCAGACAGUUUUUGAUGGAUUUGCUGUGCUUCUUCAGGCUCCCCUUGCUUGCCUGCUCACCAAUGUCAGAAGCUUAUGUGUUUAUGCUAGUGAGAGACUUUGGAAAAUCUUGCUCUUCUGGUCUUGGAGAAGCUACGUGUUGAGCUCUAGGAAUGACCUGUUUUGCUGCCCCUCCACAUGACAGGAGAGUGGGAGAAUGAAGGCAGCUGCCAGCUUCUUUUCUCACUCUGGGGCUCCUGUGGCUGCUGUCCCCUUGCCAGAGAGAGUCCACUCUGCUGGGCUUCACAGUCACCUCUAGCUCCCAAGUGAUCCUUACGCACCCCUCUCCCCUCCCAGCUUGGCCCUGCUCCCAGGUGGUUCGGGAAAGCCGUGGCUGCCCUGACCUGGUGCUGGGGAUAGUCCCGCUCUGAGUGGGAGGCUGCACUGGGGGUGCCAAGGGCCGGCACUUUUGUAAUAGGAAAAGGAGAGUCGGUGUUGGAGGUUCUGCUUCAAAAAGUUGAUGGUAUGGGCUAGUUCUCACCCGAGAAGCUGAAGAGUCUCUGUGUCCUGUGAGUCAGUGGCCUUCUUUCCCUCCUUCUGCCAAAGACCAGCUGCAGUCAACUGGGGGUCAUCAGAGGACAUUCAAAGCUGCACAGUGUUGACAGCGUGGGAAUAUACCAAGAGGGUUUAAAAGGAUGAGUGGGGAGUUGGACCCCCAGCCCACUGCAGGCAUUUCAGCAAUGGUGCUAGAAGUGUUGUGUCAACCACAGUAAGAUCGCAGGGCUGUGGCCAGUCGUGAACAGCCCUCCGGGGUUGCUGGAGUAUCACUUGUCCUUAAUGCCUGCAGCUGCUGCUUUCUUAGCUCCCAGGUGCCAGCACCUUGUCCCAUUCCUGCAGCCAUCUACAGCUGCAGGUUCCCAGCUGUAUUGUCCAGCUGUAUUGUCCAGCCCCCUGCUUCCUCCCGGGCUGCUCAGCCUUCCUCAGCCCUGUGGUCACACUGAUCUGUGCCCUUCAGCACCAGCUCUCUGGCUCGAUGCUGGACCUUAUGUAGAUGUCUUAAACCCAGGCAGAUCAAGCAAACACUGUUUAAUCUGUAGUCAUGCACCUCUAUAGUGGCACAUAGAAAUCACGGAAUCAGCUAGGCCCAGAGGAUACGUUUAGGACACAUCCUUGUCACCAAAUGCAUUUUGGCUGCAUUUUUUUUUUUGCUUAUUUUUUUCAUACAAAAUAAAUUAUUUAAAUUAUUUCCAAAGUAAACUAAUUUUCCAGGGGAUUUUUACAUCGUCUUGGGGACAAUUUCUUUGUUAUUCUAUGACUGACUAGCAUAGAGAAUGGUUCUUAUCCUAGGGUUGUGUUGAUUUCAGCAUUUAUGGAAAAGAAGGUGCUUUCAUUUAGGCUUUGGUGAGACUAUUUAAUCAAAACUUCUUUUUUAGACAGUAUGCCUGUAAAAGCGUGGACUGUGAAAUGUAUUUAAAUUUGGAGCUUAACUGCAACCACUAAUCUUUCACAUGGAAAAAACCUCGAGGAAAUGGAGUUAUGUGUUCAUGAUCUGUGCCUAAAUAGUCUUGAGUGAUUAUUCUAACAGUUUCUAUAACUCCUAAAAGCUUUGUAAAAAAACUGUUGAACAUGGGGAUAAAAACCAAAUCUGUGCAAUGAAAAGCAAAUAUAACAGAAUAAUAAAUAUAUUUAGAGUUUUACUUUUUGAUACAUGCAAGAUUGUUGUUUUAUUAUUGUAUUGUUGAAGAGACUGAAACUUAAGCUGAAUCAAGGUCAGAAAGAAGUGUCACCUACUGUCUCUCGCUUACGUCAAGCUGUGGCCUUACUCUAGUAGGUGAGUUGUACACAGUGUUAUGCACAUGGCCCUGUCUUUUUACAUCUUUCCCAGUUGCCCUUGAUGCCACAAAGGGGUAGCUGUUUCACAUUGUUCUGAAUUGCCGUGUGUAAAUUGCUCGAGUAAACUGAGUCCUGUUGGAGAUGCAUUCUAUGUGGUGAGGUGUUUGCUGCCGUCUUGCAGUCCUGACUCUUAGCUUUGCACUCUGACCAGGCUCUUUUAGAUAUUCCACAUGAGGAGGGUAUUACAAAAUUUACUUAUUUGAGAUGGGAUUUUGAUUUAGCAGACUGAAGCAGCAUGGGCAAUACAAGCACAAUAUAGCAGCUGCAACCUCUAGCUAGAUCACAAUACGAAGGAAAUUCCCAUUAUGCUUACUGCCAUGAUGCUGGAUAUCUCCAAUCCCUAGGAAAAAAUGUGUGGGCUGAAGCCAGUUUAGGUAUGUAGCUCUCUUUAAAGCUCAUUUUGUUUUUGUUUUGCUUUGUUUUGCUCUGAUUCACAUGGGCAUAGUAGCUGUGAUGGAAGUGUUGCCUGUGCUCAUGUCCUUGGAGCUGUCUUUCACUGUAGCAGUUUGUUGAUCCAUUACAGCUUUGGGCAUGGAAACAUUCAUGGCUGCAUUUGAGAUGUAAUUUUAAAUAUUUUUGGUAGCAUAUUUUAGGCCAGUGUAAGGAGAAAAAAUGGUGGAAAUUGCUGGAGGAAGACUGUGCUGGGAAGUUUGUGUACCUGCCAUGUCAUCAGGACACUGUAACCUCCUGACCUCCUGAUCUUGUAAGGAACCUUGGGCUGGUGAGAGUGUCUGAGCAGGCACUGUGUCCGUCCUCAGAGCCCAGUAUGGUCUCACAGCUCUGAGCAAAGUGUAGAAAAAGAGAGCAGCAGGCAAAUUAGUGUGGGAGGCAGAGGAAGAGCCUGCAGCACCUUUGCAACUCUGGUGUUACAGCUGCUUAACCUCAAAGAUAGUAAAACACAACCCUGCAGUGUUAGCUUGCCUGCUGGAUUUAGAGCCACAACACUUCACAUCUUCACCCUCUACUCCAGGCCAGCUGCCAACUGCAGAAUAAAACUUAGACAAUAGUUGUCAUUCUCACUUUAUUUUUCGUCUUGAGAGGCUGUACCCUUGUGUGCUCAAGGAGCUGCAAGCAGAGGAGAACGUGGAGAUGAUGACUCCUCAUUUGCCCUGCAGUGGGAAGCAGCAGAUUACCCUUAUUGGUCUUGGGCUGGGUAGCAUCCAUCCCUAGCACAGGGUGGCUGCGAGCUGCAGGGGGGCACUGAAGUGAAGUUGCAGUAUCAGGAAUUGCCUCUUGGACAUGCUGCAGCACCAUUUCGGAGAGCAGGAUCUCUGAGCUUGUGCUGGAGCCACUGCAGUCUAUCUACAACUUGUCUGUGCUGGGGAAACCAGGACUGGACUUGACGCUCCUCACCUGGCCUCACCACCAGCACUAAGGGUAGAGGAAGGACAAAUUCCUCUGAGCUGCUCUUAAUGCACUUGUAAAUACAGCUGAGAAUAAUAGUGUUGGUCACUUUUGCAGGAAGCCAGUGUUGCUGGCUCAAACUCAGCUUACUGUCCAGCAGGAUCUUAAAGAACUCUGCAAAGCUGCUUGUCAGCUUCACAGGUCCCCAGCAUGUGCCAGUGCAAGGAGCUACUCCUCCUCACCUGCACAACGGGGAAUUGCCCUUGCUGUGCUUUAUUGCAUUCCUUCCUGCCCAGCCCUGCAUUUCUUCUAUUGAUGUCUCCCCAAAGGUCCGCACAACUGUCUGCUGCACUUUUCACUCCUUCCACUUUUAUAUGCUCUCUAAACUUGCUUGAAUCUGCACUGUCCCAUCCUGCAGGUCAGUAAGGGAGAUGUUCAACAGCUUUGGAUUUGCUCUGUAAACAGUUUCUGGUUUUCUGCUCAGAAAUCCAGGCUGACUACUCCUGAGCACCUUCUGAUUCUGCCUGCCUUUGGAAAUGCUUUCUAGGGGGAUUUUCUGCAACGUUUUCAAAGGAUUGCAUGAGGCUGUAGUUCAUCUUCUUCCUUUCACAGUUAGAAGGCAGGGCUGAGUCAGCCAUUUGGAACUUUUCUCACUCACCUCCACCUUUCAAAGAACACUGAGAGUGGCCUUGCAAUGCCACUGGCCUUCACCUACCUCAGCACACUUGGGUCAAACCCAUCUGGCUCCACAAACUUGUAUACAUACAGAGUGUUGAAAUAUACCUUAACCUGGUCCUCCCUGUUUUGAACCUCCCUAGUCUGGUAUACAGCAGGUAUCUAGUUAUCUACCUCAACAAUAUCCCUUUUUCUCUGCCAGCUUUCCUUCUCCUUAGAACCUAGUUAUUUCCUUCAGAUUUUCACCAUGGCUGCCAUGCUCGUGGGAAUUAGAAGUCUGCUAUGAACAGCAGCUGUGCAACCAGUGGUUCAUGCACAGUUUCUGCUGAGUCCUCUUUGGGUACAAUGGACAAAACGCUUUGGGUGUCUGUGCUGUUCAGCAGUGCCCCUAAAGCCUGCUAGUUACACUUGAUAAUUCUCAGGUGACCCCUGGUGGUGUCUUUGGUACUCAUGUGAAAAGGCACCACUGUGUAGUGGAAAAGCCAGAUAAGCCUUAGUAGCCUCUGCACAACAUUCUCAAUGAAAGCCCCACACAAGCAGCAGACCUCCCUAAAUCUGAUCAGCAGAUAUCAGGCUUCUGACCUCUGUAGUGGACAGCAGUAUCCUCUAUCUAUCACUUGUCACUUCCUUCCACUUGCUUGAUGUGGCUCACAUGCACCUAGGAAACCCCUUUCUACUGGUCCUGACAAUGCUGGGACUGAGACUACAUGGUUAGAGCUACCACACCUAAAAUUCUGCACCUCUGAACUAUAGGCAAUUGCUGCUUCUGUCAGCAAAGUUAUCUCUCCUGAGCAAGAUCUUUCUGCAGAAUUAGAGGAAAAAAGUUUAUGAGUAUAAUUUUCUGUGUCACAACAUGGUAAACACUAUGUCCAGUUCUCUCCAAAUCCUUAUUCGUGAAAAAAUGAUGCACAAUAAUCUGUUUAAGCAAGUUCUUAAAAUGAAUGCAUACAUAAAUGAAGAUUGUUUCCCCUUCUGGUUUUCUCUCCUCUUGUUUUGGCAUGUUUUAUAUUCAGUAGAAAUUUGCACAUCCAGUAACUGUGAUCCAACCAUAAACACCCAUGAGGAUUCUUAGAGGAAUGGGCUUAAUAGCAGAAAGUUUUCUUCUUCUCUCUCGGUGUUUAGCUGUGAAAUAUGGAUAGCAUAUGUGAGGGGCAUUAGAAGUGGAUAGAGGCAGCAUAAUUUUAUUUCCUUUAACAGUAGAGAGCUUGGACCUUUAUCUCCUUUGAAUGUUGCCUCGUAUUCUUCCCUCUGUAUUAGAGUGGGUGACUGAGCUUCUGACGACAAAGCUCUUCUGCUUUGUGUUGGAUUUGAUGAUUUAUAUUUUCACCAUCUUGACUUGUGAGUAUAUUUGAUCAGAUCUUGCAAGGUCUGUGGGAAAAUUCCAUCAGUACCUUACCUCGGCUUCAGGUCUAUUUGUUUUACACGCUGAAGUUAAAUCUUUGCACUGAUUCCAUAUCUCUGCAGGACUUGAUGUGAGCAAAUUUGAGCAAGGAACAAAAAAUUCUGGCGAGUAAACCUGAGGGGUAGUCUGUAGGGUAGAAUCACCUAAAAGUGAAGGUAGUAUUUUGAAUCAAAACCUACUUCCUACUGAUAGCCUUUACAGAACACAUCAGCUUAUUUGACUUAAUGCAAUCUGGAAAGCCUAAUUUCUAGGUCAGUUACAGUGUAUCUGAUUGUGAUGCAAAAUAUUUAGGUACAUUUUUUGCCAGGGUCUGGGUCUAUGGAUUCUUCAAUUUUCACGCAGAUAUUCCUACAGAAUUUUUUCAUGUGAGUUUACCUGAGUCUUUUAUGAAAAGUAUAUUUAAUAUGUCCAUUGUGAUUUGUGAGGCAGCUUCUUUGGGAAGAUUUAAAUGAAAUUCUGCUCAAGCAUCAUUUUCAUGAACAAAGGCACAAGAUGCUUUGUCCCAGCUGGUAGAAGUAGCAGCAUUUACAGCAAUGUGCAAAAUAAGGAACUGAUUUUACUUUCUAUUGCUGCUGAAAGUGGUUGAAAAUAGAUUCAAGAGAAGGACUGUAAGUGUGUUCCUAAGGCUAAGACACUCUGAUUUGAAGUGUGUCACACUUUCAUGAGAAGUGUGCCACCUUUCAUGAAAAGAACAUACAAAUGAACACCUAGCUCAAAACAUGUGGUUCUCUGCCCAUUAAAAGGCAAAUAUAGCAGACUUGUUUGGCUAUUCAUUUGGAUACCAGAAAGGAGCAAGUCAGGAUACCAAAUAUUAAGCCCUUUCAGCUACCUAAAGAUGACCAUGUUGCUAUAGAAGAUGUUCCUCUCAUAGGACCAUUUUAGCUGCAGGCUCCUUUGUAUGUCUGGAGAGGAGUUUUUAUUACUUAUCACAACUGCAAGCAUUGGGUUACUAAUUUUGGGAGUAUGUGGUUCUUGGAACAGUGUAUUUUCAACAUUUGAGAAGAAAGGCGACCACCCAGUUCCCUGGCAAAGUUCACUGUGUUUUUUUGCAGUCAGUUAUGAAACCAAUUGAGCACUGAAGAAAUGGAAAUUAAGCAUUUCAGUCUUUUCUGCCUGUCUUACUGGAGUAUGCCCAGACUCUGGGCAAGUUUUCUAAUCCAUUGGGACCAUGCAAAGUUACAGAGUGAUAAAUAAAGUUUCCUAGUGGUUAAUAAAGGGUUCUAUCUUCUGUAUCACACCUCUAGAGGUGGACUUGGGAGUUCCAGCUUUCACUCUCCCUACCUCCAUAUGAACCUCCACAGUCUCACCCCUUUCAGGGGGGCUCUUGUUCCAAAGAGAAGGUGCUUUGGGCAAAUACUGUUCAGGGAUAUUUUUGUCAAGAGUAACAGUUGCUGUGGUUCAAAUACAGGCCCUCUCCUGCAGAGACCAUCAGGUUUUUCCCAGACUCUCCUUGUCAUACAAGACUUCCAUAUGUACUGGAAGUCUGUGAAGCAAGGCUUGUGGUGGGAACUUCCUUGGAAGUGUUGUUCCAGAGGAGAGGUUGGUAUCUUUUGUUCACAAGAUUGACUCUAUACCUGCCAUUUGUUUUCAGCUGCAGGUAACCCAGAGUAUUUCAGCUCUUCCAUAUUGGUACUGUGCUGUACUGGGCUGCUUUUCACACAAAAACCGUUGUGAGAGAACAAAAGUUAGUUUUAGGUGCUUGUGCUCCUUCACAAAUUUGCUUCCUAAUGCUUUGUUCAAGGUGAGGAUGACAACUGAUGUCUUUGAGGACACGUUUUGUCCUGUGAAUCUAGGUCCUUGAGGUUUUUUGCCUUACUUCCUCUAUCCAUUGUCUCUUCUUUCAGUGGGUGGUUAGUUUUUUAAGUUUAGUAUGUAGCUGAUCUUUCGUUAUGUAAUUGAUACUCCAGUCCAAAAGCACAAGACCUUGAGUUAAACACUUGUUUAAAAUAAAUUCCUCCUUCCAGAUCAGUGAUUUGUACCACUUUUUAAAAAACCCUGAGAGUUUGGGAAUCAAUACAUUCCAGAGAAUUUAUGUUUCACUAUCAAAAUAGUGACAGAUCCUUAUUUACAUCUGUUGCAGCAAUCAGUACCUUCAGCUGAAAUCGAAUGCAAAAUCCCACAAUCCAAUACUUCAUUGAUUUCUACACCUCUUUUUCUCUAUGUGCUUGACUUCUUUGUGAAUAGAUUUUAGGGCUUUUCAUGUUAUUGUAAAGUUGUUCAAUUAGGGAAGAAAACCUGCACCUUCAGUAAACAUUAACUGGAAUUCCGUUCUGAAGAGAUUUCUCUGCCCUAAAUGUAGCAUUACCUCGAUCCAGAAGAGGGAACUAUUGUUUCACGUAUGGUAAGUCCAAGCAAAUAGUUUAGAGCAUAUUCUAAUGUGAAGAUGAAAAUAUGAAAAUGGUCUUCUCUAGAGACAAUAAACAAUGAGGUCUGAAAAUUGAGAUAUUUGGAGACUUUAACAAAACAACAAAAUAUCAGCAUACAAAUGCCAUCUAUCUUUGCUUUUAGAGUAUUCUUACAAUGGUGAUUUGUAUAAAAAUGUAUAAAUAUAAUUAAACUGUUUACCAUAGAAUAGGAGCACCUGAGAUCACACUUUCUGACGUGGAAAAUAAGUUAUAUUAAUUGAGUUAUUUUGGUAAUGUACUUGGGUUUAAUUUGAUUUUAUCUUAAAUGCAUGAGCUUUUCUUGGGAACAAUAAAUGCCCUAU